UAAGCGGAUCAAUUUUCAGUUUGUUGUUUGCUAUUUCGCCGCCGCGUCGUGUAUGUAGUUAUCGCGCCGUUGCGAGUCCCUCCGAAUCAGACGCAAGGAGACCGCCGACUGAGAACUGCUAUAUUUUAUGUAGGUACCUAUACCUACAUAUACCUACACGUCAUACGUAGUCGCAAACAUGCAAAAUGCUGACUCAACUGAAGUCAUCGACUUGACCAAUCAUGUCGACACGUCCAGAACCGUGGAUCAAAGGCAUCGCAUAAUCGGAGCUGAAGAUAGCGCGCCAACCGACCCAGGUGUAAGCGGUAAAUUUAUGACGAUAUGUGCUUGGGCACUUGUUGUCAUCACGUUCCCGUUUUCUCUGUUCGUCUGUUUCAAAGUAGUUCAGGAGUACGAACGAGCCGUAAUAUUUCGCUUGGGACGUUUGGUAUCAGGCGGAGCGAAAGGGCCGGGUAUAUUCUUCAUUUUACCAUGUAUUGACAAUUACGCGCGUGUUGAUUUAAGAACACGCACGUACGACGUGCCACCACAAGAGGUAUUGACCAAAGAUAGCGUGACUGUGUCUGUGGACGCCGUGGUCUAUUACCGUGUAUGUAACGCUACGAUAUCGGUAGCCAACGUUGCCAACGCUCAUCAAUCUACUCGGUUAUUAGCCCAAACCACAUUGAGAAACGUCUUAGGUACCAGGCCGUUGCACGAAAUUCUCAGCGACCGAGACGCCAUAUCUAAAACCAUGCAAGUGUCGUUGGACGAAGCUACCGAGUCGUGGGGUAUCAAAGUAGAACGAGUGGAAAUUAAGGACGUGAGAUUACCAGUUCAAUUGCAGAGGGCAAUGGCGGCGGAAGCUGAGGCGGCCCGAGAAGCCCGCGCUAAGGUUAUCGCAGCUGAAGGUGAACAAAAGGCAUCGAGAGCUCUUCGUGAAGCAUCAGAAGUUAUAAGUGAUUCUCCGGCUGCUUUACAACUCAGAUACCUACAAACUUUAAAUACGAUAUCAGCUGAGAAGAAUUCUACAAUCGUAUUUCCACUACCAAUCGAUAUCAUUUCAUUUUUUACAAGACCUCGAGAACCACGAGAAUCUACAAAAUCAGCUCAAAUAAAUCAAAGCAGUUAAAUGUAAAGACAUAUUUUACAUAUGCGCCAAAAUUAAUAACUUAUGUGAAUCAAUUACAUUAUUCAUA